CUUUUCCUAUUCUUCUCAGUUCUCGGGACAAACAGAGCAGAGAAUGAUCUUGCGCCAAAUCCUCCGUUCCUAUCAUUCCGAAACGCUCCUUAAACUCGAAAACCAUCCGCUGAACCCUUUUGCAUCACCGCAUUUGAUCUCCCCCAGACCCUUUUCACUUUCGUCUUAUUUCAAACCCCUAGAAGACGCAGAACCAAUUAGCUCUGAGAAUGCUGUUGGAGAAAAUAAGAAAUCAAGAAAAGCUUUGAAUGUUUACUUCAAAGAAGCUGUUGGACUCUUAAAAAAGACCCCAGAAGAUAUUGGAACUGAAAGUGAAGGUGAAAAUGGAGAGCUCAAGAAGAGAUUGAAGAAAUUGGAGGAGGAAUUGAGGGGCUUGAAGCAGAAAAAGAAGGAUGAGAAGGAGAAUUUGAAGAAUAAGGAGCACAAGAAGAAAGAGGGGGUGCAUAAGAAUGAAGGGUUGUCAAACUACGAGGAAAAAUCUGGGGGUUCAACUUUAUCAUCGUUGUUCGCUAAUAAGUUUGGGAGGGAUGAUGGAAAAAAGAUGAAGGAUUUGAAAGAAUUGAGAAUGGAGGAUCCGGAGGUUUAUAAGGAGCUUUCUCCUGACAUGGAAAUGUUUGUGACGCAUUUAUACAAUAAUGGGUACUUUAAGGAUUCGAAUUUCUUGCCUAGGAAUAGGCUUGAUAUUAGUUGUUUUGAGAAUAGUUAUGCUCGAGAUUUUAUCAAGUUUGCAGCUGAGCAGUUUGGCAUGGAUAAUCAGGAGAUUGCAAAAUGGAUGUCAGGCAGCGACCUGAAAAAGCUGGCCCUUUUCGGUUGCCCUUCUCCUGGUAAGAAGAUUGUCUUUUCCGCUAAAAGAUUGCGCAGAUUCUUCAAAAUUCAGGAAAACACUGUUUGUGACAAAUGCGUGUUAAAACAAUCAUGCAAGUUUGUUAAUCAGAGUAUUUGGAGAAGCAAUGACAACAAUCUAGAUAUGGCGGUUGUAAUGAGGAUCAUUACCUCGUAUGCUUUGGAGUCAGGUCCUCCACAAUUGGUGGUGCCUGAUGAAAUAAAAGCUACUGUCAGGCGAUUGCUGAAGGAGGCUGUAAACCUUAGUCAAACUGUGUCUUAGAGGCCUUUUUUCCAGAACCCAUAUCUGCACAAGCCUUUCAAGCAGCUCUGAUAAUUGUAUAGGAUACUAAACUAAUCUCACAGUCCUUGUUGCACCAGGAAGCAUAUCUCGUCAUGUACAAGCAUGCCUUCAGAGCAACUAAAGUGCCAAGUUCAUGGAUUAUUAGAGUGUAUGCUGAAACCUUGAAGGUUUUUAUGUUCUAAACCCAUUUCUCGACUAUAGAAGGUUUUUGACUCGUUGCCAUUCGCCACCUCUUUUCCGAACUUUUCAAGAAAAGGGUAAAAAUGAUUUGAGGAGCGCACUUCAGUAGUGACAAUGGACCCUACGACGUUGGUUUAUUAUGUCCUGUCCCCUUGACCACUUCCUUGCAAUUGGGAACUCAAGCAUUUUUUACAGGUAAUAUGAUUGACCAGGGUUUAUAUACAAAGAACAGCCUAAAUGGUCUUAUUGAGUUUUAAAGGGGCAACUCUGGAGACCAAAAGAAUAUUGAGUUGCUGACAAGUUCAACUUAUGAUCCAAAUCCAAGGUUAGUUCGAUAAGCGUAAGUGGGUUAUUUCGGUGGAAGAACAGCAACAGGUGCAACCUGCAUGAUUAUUAUCAAAUGCUGCCAUGAUUAUUGUUGUUGUCAUGAUUAGGAUUGGAGGCAAUUGGCAGUGCCUUGUGGGUGUCGGGCAUAUCAGUCUACAACCUGAGCCCAGUUCCCCCUUUUUGGUCCGGGUCCCUCACUCUGUGAUGCUCUGAUACGAAAAUGGCCUAUCAAUGAGACCACCUAGCAGUACAGUUGUGUUGUGUAAUUCUUCUAUUUUAUAAUGAGUUAAUCUCAACGUCUAGCCAAC